AAUUGUUAGCCCUAAGGAAGUAUUGCAUUCUUUUAGGGUUUUCUUUCCCCUCCAUUAAUGAUUUCAAUCUCUCUCUCUCUCUCUCGAUUUUCGCAUUCUUAACCGAAAAUAUAUAUUCGAAUUUUGGAGGCAAUAUGGGUUCUGAAACAAUUAAAACAGGUCGUUUAGCAAAUGGGGAAGCUCAGAAGAGUGUUCACAAAGAGAGGCAUGGUCUUUCCAGUAAUGGUAUGAAUGGCAAACAUGAAAACUUGGGUUCUAAUCGAGCUGGAACUAGUUCAAGUGGUGAAGAUUAUGAUUUAACAAUGAAUACGGGAGAUGUAGAUGGCAACUUAGACGGUGACAUAGAACCUGUUUUUGUAUGUAAAAAGGCUAGGCAGGGAGACUUGACAUUUCAAGACAUUCAUGACAAUGGAGAUUACUUUGAUGAAGACGAUGAAGACGACAGUGACUGGGAGCCUGUGCAAAAGCAUGUAGAGCUUAUAAAGUGGUUUUGCGUCAACUGCACUAUGGUUAAUCUUGGUGAUGGUGUCAUCUGUGAUUUAUGUGGUGAACAUAAAGAUUCUGGUAUUUUGAGGCUGGGGUGCUUUGCAUCUCCUUUAUCACAAGACGCAGGUUGCAGUGAGGUUGAGUCAGAAAUGAAAGGAAAAAACAAAGAGAUGCACUCACAACUUUCAGCCUCCAACAGUUCGACAGCAAUUGGUUUUGAUGAGAGGAUGUUGCUACACUCAGAGGUCCAAAUGAAGUCACAUCCCCACCCAGAACGAUCUGAUCGCCUUCGAGCUAUUGCUGCUAGCCUUGCAACUGCUGGGUUAUUUCCUGGAAGAUGCUAUCCAAUUUCUGCAAGAGAGAUUACCCGAGAAGAACUUCAAAUGGUGCAUUCGUUGGAACACAUUCAAGAUGUAGAACUCACAAGCCAUAUUUUGUCCAGUUAUUUCACUCCUGACACGUAUGCUAAUGAGCAUUCAGCAUGUGCUGCUAGGCUUGCAGCAGGAUUGUGUGCUGAUCUUGCUUCAACAAUUUUCUCAGGAAGGGUGAAAAAUGGUUUUGCUAUGGUUCGGCCUCCUGGUCAUCAUGCUGGUGUAAGAGAGGCAAUGGGAUUCUGUCUUCAUAAUAAUGCUGCAGUUGCUGCAUUAGCUGCUCAGGCUGCUGGUGCCAAGAAGGUGCUUAUAGUUGAUUGGGAUGUCCAUCAUGGAAAUGGCACACAAGAAAUAUUUGAUCAGAACAAAUCGGUUUUAUACAUAUCUUUGCAUAGACAUGAGGGGGGAAAGUUCUAUCCUGGCACUGGCUCUGCUAAUGAGGUUGGUAGAAAUGGUGCAGAAGGAUCCUGUGUAAAUAUUCCCUGGAGUCGUGGUGGAGUUGGUGAUAAUGAUUAUAUUUUUGCUUUUCAAAACCUUGUGCUACCUAUAGCCACUGAGUUUGCUCCAGAUUUCAUCAUCAUAUCAGCUGGAUUUGAUGCUGCAAGGGGGGAUCCUCUGGGAUGCUGUGAUGUAACUCCUGCUGGCUAUUCACAAAUGACAGAUAUGCUGUAUACACUUUCUGGUGGAAAGUUGCUUGUUAUUCUAGAGGGCGGAUACAAUCUACGUUCAAUAUCAUCUUCUGCCACCUCAGUGAUCAAGGUAUUGCUGGGUGAAGGUCCUGGAUCUGAAUUGGGAAACAUUGCACCUUCCAGAGCUGGUCUUCAAACUGUUCUGGAAGUCAUGAAGAUUCAAAUGAACUUCUGGCCAUCUCUUGGAUCUAGCUAUGCAAAAUUGCAAUCCCAAUGGGGAGCAUACUGUAAUACAAGAAAACAAAUAAAAAAGCGGCAGAGGACUGAACCACCCAUAUGGUGGAAAUGGGGAAGAAAGAGGAUGUUGUAUCAUAUCCUUAGGCGUCUUCAUGUAAAAUCAAAGGGGAAACCUUCUCAUCAUUCAUCGUAGUGGUAGUCUGAAAUUUUGUAUAUCAGCAACUUCUAGUUCUUUAUGACUGCUACCCCUUAGUGGUAGUGAUUUGUGCUUGCUGCGUUGCUCUAAAGCCUCUGAAAAGUGAGUUUCGUUUC